CAGGAACUAGAUGAUACGCCUUGGACCGAUAGAUAUCGUACAACCUAUAUGAAAUGUCUUCGAGCCUUGAGCAAAGCCCGCAGUAUCGUGCCCUCUUCCUUUUCUUCUCGAGAUGUGACUAGAGAAGGGCCAUACCCUAUCAGCGGCGGCGGAUUUGCAGACAUUUAUAAAGGGCGUCUCGAUGAUACGCAAGUAUGCUUGAAGGUCCUUCGGAUAUUCAUCCCUGAAAAGGCUCGGGCGAAGCUUCUCCGAGAUUUUUGCAGGGAAGCUCUCGUAUGGAGGCAGUUCCGCCACCCUAAUAUCCUUCCCUUCUUGGGAGUCAGUGAAGACCUUUUCGCUCCCAGUUAUUGCUUGAUAUCUCCUUGGAUGGACAAUGGAAAUAUCAUGUCUUACCUUGAAGCCCAUCCUGACCACGAUCGCCUUACAUCGCUAAUUCAGGUUGCCGAAGGGAUGAAGUAUUUGCACAAUCUUGAUCCUCCAGUGGUACAUUCCGAUAUCCGUGGGGCAAAUAUUCUUGUCAUGGAUGAUCUACGUUGCUGUUUGGCUGAUUUUGGCCUUUCCCUGUUCGCGGAAUCACAGGCUCUUGACAGCACAUCUAGGAUGAGCAAAGGAAGCAUCCGCUGGCUAGCUCCCGAAUAUAUGGAUUCAACACUAUUUGACCGAUCAUACCUCACCGCUAGGGAUAUCUAUGCCUACGGAUGCACUAUUAUCGAGAUCUUUACCGGCGAAUCACCUUUUAGUGGCAUCAAGAAUGAUGCUGGUGUUAUGUGUGAGGUCGUGACGAAGCGAAGUCGUCCACCGCGACCACCUUUACAUGUUUUUCCAAACGACAGCCUAUGGUUCCUCGUCGAGCUGUGUCUCAUAAAUGCGUCAAGAUGGCGACCAGACGCGAAAUAAGUUUUAGCAAACUUAUUACGAAUUGAAAAAAAAAUUGAUAAUGAACUGUCGUCUUCCAGCCCAUCUCUCUUUCCUUGGGAA